UGGACACUUGUUCUCUACACAUCUUCACUGCAGACUGACUUUCAGACUUCACUUUCAGACUGACUGACACUCUUUCAGACCGCUGAACUAUUGAAAAUGUUUCACUCAUUUGCUUUCAGCUGUUUGUGCUGUUGCUGUCUGGUUGGAGUGUUUGCUGGUACAGAUGAACUGAAGUCAGUGUCAGUGAUGGAGGGAGAUUCAGUCUCUCUAAACUCUGGUCUCACUGAAAUACAGAACGGUGAUGAUAUAAUCUGGAGAUUUGGACCUAACAGGAGUCUUAUAGCUAUAACUGAUGGAGUGAACAAUAUGAUCUAUGAUGUUCCUAAUGGGAGAUUCAGAGACAGACUGAAGCUGGACAAUAAGACUGGAUCUCUGACCAUCAUGAACAUCACAACUGAUCAUACUGGAGUUUAUGAAGUUAAGAUCAGCGGCAUCAGCUCAUCGUCUACAUACAGAUUCACUGUUACUGUCUAUGCUCCUCUGCCUGUUCCUGUCAUCAGUAACUCUUCACACUGUUCUUCAUCAUCAUCAUGUUCACUGGUGUGUUCAUCUGUUGUGAAUGUGAGUCAUGCGACUCUGUCCUGGUACGCAGGAAUGAGUGUAUUGUCCAGCAUCAGUGCGUCUGAUCUCAGCAUCAGUCUCUCUCUACCUCUGGAGGUGGAAUAUCAGGAUAAAAACACCUACAGCUGUGUGCUGAACAAUCCCAUCAGCAGCCAGACCACACAUCUGGACAUCACACAAUUCUGUCAUUCAUGUGCAGGAGUGUUUGCUGGUACAGAUGAACUGAAGUCAGUGUCAGUGAUGGAGGGAGAUUCAGUCUCUCUAAACUCUGAUCUCACUGAAAUACAGAACGGUGAUGAUAUAUUCUGGAAAUUUGGACCUAACGGGAGUCUUAUAGCUGAAACUGAUGGAGUGAAAAAUACGAUCUCUGAUGUUCUUGAUGGGAUAUUCAGAAACAGACUGAAGCUGGACAAGAAGACUGGAUCUCUGACCAUCAUGAACAUCACAAAUAAUCAUACUGGAGUUUAUGAAGUUAAGAUCAGCAGCAGCAGCUCAUCGUCUACACACAGAUUCACUGUUACUGUCUAUGGUGAGUAGAGAAACACAGCUCUC